UUUUAACGUUAGUAUGAGUGCUUCAAGGUCGUUUUUGGGUUGUCCUUGACUUUGGCUGCUAUAAUUUAACUGUUCCUAUUCGCAAUUUAUUUGCUGCAUCUGCAGCAAAGUUUGUGUGGAUUUUGCAUUUUCUCUUGAUGUCUGUUGCGUAGCACUGCUGAGGAUUAUUAAUAAUUCAAGCACAUAUUUAUCAAAGUUCAACGACUUCUCAGCAACAUAUCAGAGAUCUCAGGAUUGUUAAUUUUGGUGAUUUUGGAUUGCAUCCUUACAGAAGCAGGAUAAAUAUGGUUAACAGAUUUCACCGCAUAAAUCCUUUCGAUGGCAGCGUACAGGAGAAUCAGAGUGCGAUUUCAGCUUUAUAUGAUGCUCAAACGGGUAUAAAAAAUGUGGAAAAAGGUUUCUCAGAAUCUAUGUCUAACGACUAUUUCAGCGUCCCAUUUGUAAGUUUAUUGUUUUUGAAAAACCCAAUCCUAACAAAUAUACAUUCCGUCCAGAUACACAUUAAUGAGACCUCCACAGUGGAAGAUUUGGAAGAUGCAAUUCUCAAGUGUAAACAUAUGUUUUUGGCCUUGUCAAAGGAGUCAUCGGAAAAAAAAGAGCGCCUCUUAGAUCGAUUAAUUGAGUUAAGAAGGAUUUUACAAGAUGUUAAAGAAUUCUCUGGUAUGUCUACAAACUCAAGUCGGCAUAGCCUUGGAUGUACUCCGGCAGGUGUCCUAAAUACAUCAUCAAUUUCACGAAAUUUAUCCCAAGUAUCAUUACCUAGUUUGUCUUAUCAGACAAUAAGUCCAGAAGGAUCUCGUUCCUCAUUACGACAUACGUCAUAUCCUGGUGGCCAUGAUUUCCAAAUGGUUUCGGCUAUACGUCACUUAGGAAGAACUUGUGAAUGUUGUGGACGUAUUGUUCGCCGUCCAACUGGUAAGAUAUUCUCAUGCCGAACAUGCCACAUUAUAUGUCACUUUGAUGGUUGUCUUAAUAGCUUGGUACGUAGGUGUCCAGGUGCACCGCAUUUAUCCAGCACAGUAUCUGGGUGUUAUUUGGGCUUUCGGCGCCUGCGAACUGAAAGUGAAAGUGGUGCCCACAAAACUUCAGGUUUAUCCCCUACUGUUAAUUUUCCUGACCUGAGACACCGAAUUUCCUUCAAGUAUUUGGACGUUUCCAAUCUGUCCUUCAUCUCAGCAAAUCUAACAUCUCAGUCUUGGACGUGUGCAGAAUGCUCAAAACCUAUCAAUUUUUCACCCUCAGAUGCAGUUUUGCCAAGACGUUUGAAUAAAUCCAAUUGUGCUAAAGCUAUUAAUGAAGUUCUUGAAAGAGGUAUCGGAGCGCUUGUCGGGAAAGCUUUUGAGGAUUUGUUACCGAAAUCCGACAAUGUCGAUCAAAUGACUCCUCAAAUAAGUUCUCAACAACCAUCUUUGUCUGCUUACUUAAUGAAGUUUGUUUCUCCUGAGUUAUUUAUGGCAGAUUCCAAUCAGUUGAAUGAUCCUUUAAAACACUAUGCAAUUUCUGCUUCAAAUGUUACUUUUGAGCCAAUACAAACAUGGUAUGAUGCAUGUGUUAUGCAGGCGUUCAAAAAGGUUAGUCGUCCGAUUCCGUCGUCUCUAUUAAUAGACAUUCAAAACGGUCAUUUAAAAUUUGACAAGCCAUCCAGCGUUUCAAACUUGUUAGAAAAUUCUAGUUCAGACUCUCCCUAUACAUUGGAUUCCGCCCACCUAUGCUACUACUCAGGUUAUUUCUAUUGUUCUAAGUGUCACUGGGGAGAUACGUUUCAAAUACCAGCUUGCAUGUUUGUUAUGGGUGAUUAUAAGGCUAAACCGGUAUGCAGAACGUCAUACCUGUGGCUGAAUUAUGCUUGGUCUCGUCACUUAUUCCGCGUUCCUCUUUCGUGGUAUUAUCAUGAACCUUUAGCCAGACAAGUAUGUUCACUUCGUUCAAGGAUUUUCAGACUUCAACCUUAUUUUAACGUUUGUUCAGAUGCCAAAAGAUAUGCUUCCGACAUUGAAGAAUAUGGUCUUGAGUGGUUUCUUGAACAACCGUUUACAUUUACUAUGGAUUUAGUAAGUCAGGUAUUAAACGGGAAGUUGAUUAUGAAGUUAAAAAACCUUUUAUCGAAAGUUGAUGAACAUAUUGGAGAAUGUCAGAUAUGUAAAACAUAUGUGCCAAGUUAUUGUACAGUUUGCAAUGAAGGACCUGUGCGUCCUCAUGACUUGAAAAUGACGUUUUGUAAUCGAUGUAACAAAUCAUGUCACCGGUAAGUUAGACAUUUUCACUAUUAUGCUGGAAAUAGUUUUUAUUUAUUUAUUUAGGAUGUAUUAAGUAAUCUUUAACAGUGGUAGUUAAUAUUUUUACCUUCUAACAGACAUCUUACUUGGUAAAUACCUCUAAUUUUCGGUGUAUUUUAUCUUGUUUGUGUGACGUAUCAAUUAUGGUUAAAAAUUAUCGGUGACGAAGUGGUUAGCACAUGCUAACUAACAUUCUAUUAAAAUAGAUGACCAAAUUCACCUCAUUUAUUUUCAUAUGUUCAUUCACUUUUUGGUACAUCGUGUAACAAAUUAUUGACUAUUUAUAGAUGGAUUGUAAAAUCUCAGCUGCUACAUUUCUAGAUUCUGACAUGAUACUGACAAGGGUGUUAAGCGUAACAUAAAAGUUUCAUUUAGCUAAUACUAUUUGCGACUGUACAGCUAAGUGAAUGAAUUCGCCGAAAAGAGACUCUUCGCUGAACUAAUUUGUUCUUAUUUCAAUGUCUUAAUGGGUAUAUUUCGCGAAUACUAAUUUUCUUGAGGAAAUAGAAUAACAGAAAUCUUCAGUGUGGAGGUCUUUGAAAAGCUGUCUUGCCUUCAACAGACUGAGAAAUCACAUAAGAGAAUCUAAACAACAUACUUGAAAGCGUUCAAAAUUUCACACUUAAUACAACUAUUUCUAUAAAGUAAGUCUAAAUUUGUCAGUGUCUGCUAAUAGAUGUAUUCGUCGAAAAUGAGAACCUUGCUUGCCUACUUCUACUACUGUUUUACUUAAAAAAUUUCUGAAGACAAUGUUAGCGUGGUUAGUUCUAGUAACAUAACACGAAUAUCCUUCAUAAAUUCUCAAAAAACCUGAAAUAUAAUAUGAAGUAAGUACAUUCUAUCCAUCGUGAACAAUUUCAAGCCAUGUGACUAAUAGCCUUUUGUAAUACUACUUUCUCAUUUUAACUAUAGUGUUUUACUAUAACUGCACGUAUUUAAGGGGAGAUGUUUUGUUAUUCUGUUGAAUCUACAUAAAGUAUACAAGGACUUGCAGGGCAGAAAUAUUGUCAAAAUUAUUUUGCAGUUUUUUUAAUGCAUGAA